ACCGUAUACGCGUAGUUCACCAUACUUGCUGCAGCUGUUGGAUCCCGCAGCUUGACUUUACCCAGUCGCAGUGCUUCUGGGGUUUAUUUCCGCGACAGGUUUGGCAGUUUACACUAAAACUCGGCGUCCGUGUCAACAGCGGGCACAUUCUGUCUCCGGCGCUUUCAAAUACGGUGGAGCAGUUGCUGGUUGCAGGUGCCUAACCAUUUGUGUUAAAACUACCUUUUCGCUUUUCACGGGCUAUCAUCUCUACUGGCCGCUGUCCUGUUCUUGAACAAGUGUCAUCUUCCUUCCGUUCCUGCUCUGCUGUUAGCCUGUAGUCGUGCCAAUAGACAGACCUGGCUGCUUAGCUCUUUCAGAACAACCUACGAGUGAGAAAAUCAUGACUGUCAGCACGCUGAAGAAGCCCAUGAAGAGCCCAGUGCGCGAGCGUGCAACAGCGGUGGCGGCCCUGCCGAAAGGUUUGCCUCCAGAAUGUGACACAGAGUUCUAUUCUAGCCUGGGUCACUUGCGGGAAACUCUCAAUCGUGCCAGUUGCCUGGGCUAUGAUUUCAGCAGGAGGAGAUCCAGCACGCAAGAGGAGAGGGACCUUCACAGUGUUGUGUCGACCAUCAAGCCCGUUCCGCAAAUCUCAGUCAACCCCCCAACGCAAUCCGACACUCACAAAUUGUUCUUUAGACGGUCGGGCAAUAUGAGGAACGCAUCCAGCAUCUGCUCUCUGCCUGCGUACUUGGCAGAAGAAAGUGGCAAGGAAUUCUCCACAGAGCAGCAGCGUGGGCAAAAGGCUGGUUCGGUCACGACGGCCGAGAGUCUAGUAGAGUCACCACAGAGAAACUUUGUAACUGUAAACUACCAAUCGACAAAAACACUAUUGGGACGCAAGCGAAGCUUUCGAGGCAAGAAGGUCCUUCGCUGCACGAACAAGGAUGCUGAGAGUCGCCCUGCAGAUACGGACACCCAGAGGAGGAGGCCCAAUGAACGUGACGCUGACGCUGAGUGUAAACCACAUCAAUACCAUGUGUCGUUCGUGUGCGAGGUCAAGCCACCAAGGGGCUUGCGGGUAACGAAACACGCGGACAACACGGCAACAUUGUACUGGACGCCACCCCAGGAAUCCAGACGUACAGAGACCACAGAAGCUGACGUUACCGAGCCUGACAUUCUGGGAUAUACCGUGUACGUGAAUGAUGAGGUGGAAGCAUUUGUGGAGGGCAGACGUACCUGCUCUCUUGAGCUGGUCGAGCUGGAGCGUGGGAAACUAUAUCGGACGUUCAUCACAUCCAGAGGAGCACAAGCAGAGUCUUCGGCAUCGGUCACCCUCCAAUUUGUGAUGCCGAACACGAGGAUACACACACACCCUGGUCAGGCAUACAACAAGGCUGGUAACCUGUCUAUGAGCAUGCCAACACUACUGGGUGAGCAAGACGACUCGUCAGGUUCGGAGUAUUGCUACGACUUGCAGAGCACAUCACCUGACAGCCACCACGAGGGACUUUCCCCCUACCCGCGCCAUAGCGACAGCAGCUCGUCGAGGUCGUCCGACGGCUGGAUGUCCGAGAACCGGCUCAGCCUGGCCUCAAGUGGCUUGGGUACGAGUACGCCGAGUUCACCGCAGACAGAUGUGCCGAUGGCGUACACACCUGGCGAGACAAACGCAGCCCCCGACAGCGACUGGGAGCAGACGAGAAAAGCAUUCCACUUCCUCAGCAUCCCCGGUCUUGGUGCAAUGCAGGACAGGCCCGUCAGUGCUGAACCACAUUUGCACGCCGCACACUCAAAUGGGUGCCAGAAAUCUAGGCAAUUGUCAGUAUCAACUCUGGCAGAACCAAGGCCGGCAUCAGCUCCUGGCGUGCGACGCAAGGUUGCCUUCUUCUGCACAGCUGUAUGACCUAGGGGCCAUACAGCUGCCACCAGCAACACAAUCCUGCUCUUCUACUGCACGGCUGUAUGACCUAGGGGUCUCGCUGCCAACAGCAGCACAACACACCUUCUUGAGACACAUUACAAUGAUUGUAACUUGAGGAGAAUUUUCCUUGACGUAGCCAUACCACAAUCUUUCCACAAUUGAAAGUAAACAUUCGUAAAUGACAGGUCAGCAAGGAAUUAUGUAUAGGCACAGUUGAUUGAACAUCAUUUUAAAAAUAUUAUCAAGUUCUGCUUAUCACAAGCAUAAUCUCAAUUUGACUUCUUGCUUCAACCCGCAAGGCUGCGCAUUGCUAAGAUGCACGUGCACCAGCCCCUCUCAGCAUAUCAGCAUUCAAGACAUGCAGGAAACAAAGCCAUAACACGUGCAUAAACUUGGCGGACAUGCUUAACAGAAAAAUAUGCAUUGAUGUCCAUGCAAUAUUCUCAAGUGUCCUCAGUACACAAAUAGUCA